AUGGGUGUAGGCAUCUUUUCAGACUGUGUUUUCUUCCUCAAAGUCACUUCUUUGCCAUUCAAAGAAAAGAAAAACCUCAAAACCUGCAUAACUUCCAAUGGAGGAGUCAUUUCCUUUGUAGUCAAUGAAAAGUGUACACAUGUCGUUGUACUAAGUAAUGCAGCACUGAACAGUUCCCAGCAGAAGAAUAUCCAGAAGCAUUGCAUACCAAUAGUGAAGCCUGAUUUCAUUUGGAGAUCCGCCCAAGAGAAUCGACUUGUUGAGGUGGGAUUGUCUGACAGCAGAGAAGUUGAGGUGAACCUGGAACAAGUGAAAGAUGAUAAGAAAAGUAGAUUUCUUGCAAAAUUUAUGAAACACACCAAAAGUGACAUUGCUGAAAGGGAUCUGAUAGAUGAUGAGGAAUUUGAAGAACAAGGAGAUGAAAAGGACUUUCCAUAUGAUGCAGACCUGGCGAAAUACAGCUUAUUCCAAAAAGGAGAAGAAAUUGCUAUUGUGGAAUUACUCUGUUUUUGUGAACAGUGCCCCUUUCCAUUUAAAGUAUCUACAGUGUGUGGCAUACCAGGAAUAUCUCAGCUGGAGGACAUAUGGCGGAUACUAAACCCUUCUGUGCGAGACUACACCUUUUACUCCUUCCCUCAUUGCUCCCAUAGCCGUAUUGAUUAUUUUCUGGUGUCCCACCACCUUCUUUCAUGGGACCCCCACACUGCUAUUGACUCUCAGGUGUGGUCAGACCACUACCCUGUUUCUCUAGAUCUCUCAUUGGAACAGAAACGUUCUCAUCUCCGCUCCCUCCUGGAUCUCAGCGCCCUAAAAUACAGGGAGUCCUUGCGCAGAUCAUUAUAUGAACAUAAUGAUAAGUGCGGUCGUCUGCUGGCACGUUCCAUUCGAACGCUACUUACGCGCACUUACGUCCCUAAAAUACAAACGAAAAAUGGCCAGGUGGUUCACAGCACUGACCAGAUUGCGCAGGAGUUCCAGGCAUACUAUGCCGAACUAUAUAACAUACCUGCCCCGGGAGCUUCCUUCCUGAUCUUGGACCUCUUGGAACAGGCGGCCUCAUACAUCGCGGCCACCCCUCUCCCAACUCUCCCGGCCGAAGCUGCGGCCCUACUCGGGGAGUCCUUCUCCCUGGAGGAGGUUACAGAGGCCAUUGGGGGACUUCCCUCCGAGAAGAGUCCGGGACCUGAUGGCUUCACUGGUGCUUUUUACAAACACUUUAGAGACCCGAUAGCCCCUCUACUCCUCUCUGCGUUUAACUCCAUCUCCGCGGACUGCCCCUUCACCCGACAAUCACAAGAAGCACAUAUCACGAUUAUCCCUAAAACCGACAAAGAUCUGACGCUUUGCUCUAAUUAUAGCCCGAUCUCCCUUAUCAAUGUGGAUCUUAAGCUAUACGCUAAGCUCCUAGCGAAUCGCCUAAGUCACUAUGUCCCCUCCCUUAUUAAUUUGGAUCAGGUGGGCUUUGUCCCAUUCCGCGAGGCCAGAGACAAUACUGUCAAGACGCUAACACUCAUGUGCUAUGCUAAAUCUUCAGGCCUGCCUAUGUGCCUUUUGUCGGUUGAUGCGGAGAAGGCGUUUGAUCGCCUCAAUUGGAACUUCCUUACUCUUACACUAGAACAGAUUGGACUGCCAAAAUUGUUUGUGGAUGAAGUUAUGGCCCUCUACCACUGCCCCACAGCCCGGGUGCGGGUAAACGGCUCCCUGUCCUUUCCCUUUUCUAUUCGGAAUGGAACGGGACAGGGUUGCCCACUGUCCCCAUUUUUGUAUGUAUUGGCCAUGGAGCACCUUGCCAAGGCCAUAUGGCACAACCCGUCGAUCCAAGGGGUAUGUAUCCAAAACCAGCACUAUAAGCUGGGCCUUUAUGCAGACGACGUUCUCCUCUACUUGUCAAACCCCCGUGUUGCUCUCCCCUUCUUGUUAGAGGAAUUUUGGAGGUUUGGCCUCGUCAGCAACUUUAAGGUGAACCUACAUAAAACCGAGGCCUUGAACGUCUCCCUCCCUUCAACGGAGGUUACCCACCUCAAGGAACAUUUUCAUUUUAAAUGGCAACCAUCUGCUCUUAAAUAUCUCGGCGUCCUAUUGUCCUCGGAUCAUGCAGACCUUUAUCGCCUGAACUUUGCUCCGCUUCUCCAAUCUACUAUCUCACGUCUACAGACUUGGACCUCCCUACGACACUCCUGGAUGGGAAGGAUUGCGCUCUUUAAAAUUGAUAUUCUUCCUCGCUUCCUAUAUCUCUUUCAGACUCUUCCUCUUACUCUCCCAUCUUCGUUUUUCCGUCAAUUACGUACUGCACUGCUUCGCUUUAUCUGGAAUGGUAAACGCCCGAGACUGGCCUACAACAUUUUGGUCCGCCCAAAGGAUGCGAGGGGCCUUGCCCUACCUGACCUGAAGACCUAUUAUUACGCCACGCUCCUUACCCACGCUCUUGAUCGGAAACACCAUGAAGCUCACAAGCUCUGGGUAUCCCUAGAAACUUACAUCUCGCCAGUACUCCCUUUCUCGGUACCUUGUCUUACUCCUGCUCACCGCCCCCGCUCUUCAACGCUCCCUUUCACUCUUCUGCCCCUCUUGAGAGGGUGGGACCUUUUGGCUAGGACUCAUGGCCUGUCUCCCCCAGGGGGACCUAUGACCCCCAUAAUGGAUAACCCCGAGUUUCAACCGGGCUGUAUUUCCUCCAGCUUCCUCUGCUGGUCGUCCAAUGCACCUUCGCCUCUGACAAAAGCUCUCACGGGGAUGGACCUGAAACCCCUGGUUACUCUACUUGCAGACCGUCCCCAUAUGCCAGGAUCGUGGCUGCUCUAUUUCCAGCUUUGUGCGUUUUACGCCACAAUGAGGGAUCGGGCCACUCUUGAACACCCAUUUACCUGCACAAGUGUAAAAUAUACAGAAGCAUUUAAAUUCAGUGGAGAGCGGGUGUUACUGGUUUGCGAUGUGGCUUUAGGUAAAACAAAAGAUGUCGAUAAGAGAGAUUACAGCAUCACUGAACCACCUCAAGGCUUCCACAGUUUACACGGCGUCCGAAGCGAUGUAUGGAAAAAUUCUCAAUUUAUUGAUGAUGAAUAUGUGGUGUAUGAUGUAAAUCAGGUGAAGAUGAGAUACGUUGUUCAGUUUUGCACUAGCAAAGACACUCCUAAUCUAAGGAGUGAACCUGCAGUGACUUUACUAGAGGAGAAUGAGCAGAUGACAAGUUUUGAGCUCACUGAAGAUGAUCCACUAGAGGCUCUUCCUGAAACCCCAAAUGUCCCAAAAGGUGGUCUUCAGGGCAUGGAUGGGCAACAGAUUCCCCUAGAGAGCAUUCAUGUCAAAGCUCGAAUAAUGGACCUUGCCGCUCAGGUUGUCAUUUUCCAGACCUACAAGAAUAAUUCUUUCUUCCCAAUAGAAGCCAAAUAUGUUUUUCCUCUGGACAGCACAGCAGCUGUGUGUGGGUUUGAAGCAUUUAUCAAUGGCAAACACAUUGUUGGAGAGGUUAAGGAAAAGCAACAGGCACAUCAGGAGUACAGAACAGCUAUCAGCCAGGGUCAUGGGGCUUAUCUUAUGGAUCAAGAUGCACCUGAUGUCUUCACAGUGAGUGUUGGGAAUUUGCCAGUCAGGGCAACGGUCAUCAUUAAAAUCACAUAUGUAGCUGAACUGAAGUGUUCGAAUACUACUGUGGAGUUCUCUAUUCCUGGAACAGUGGCUUCUUGGCAAGAAGAUCAAGCACUGAAAGAAAAUACCCAGGAUACUGUAGCAAAGGUGGGCAUUGAGGGUGACAAGGCAACACAAGGCAAUUUUCACCUUGACGUGUCAGUUGAGAUGCCUCGAAAAAUCGAAGAUAUGUGGAGUUAUACACACAGCAUCAAAAAAAAGCAAACAGAGUGCAAAGCUGUGAUCAAGGUGGAAGAAGGCAGUUCCCUGAUUGAUGAAGGUUUUUGUUUAAACAUACGUCUUGAAGAUGCUUAUAUCCCGAGAAUGUGGGUUGAAACACAUCCAGACCAAAACAGUGAGGCAUGCAUGCUGAUAUUUCAGCCUCAGUUUGAAGAGUCAUACGAAAUGUCAAAAGUAACUAUCUUUCUUGAUUGUUCCAAUUCCAUGGAAUCCUGUUUUCAUAGUGCUAAACAGGUUGCACUGCUUGCCCUCAAAACUCUGUAUGUCAGUGGAAUCAACAUUGUCACUUUUGGAUCAACUUACAAAGAAUUUUAUCUCUAUCCAAAGCAGACCAAUGACUUGUCGGAAAUGGAAACAUUUAUUAAGAUGGCCAAACCCAAUAUGGGAAGUACAGAGUUCUGGAAGCCCCUACAGUCCACCUGUCUUUUGAGACCCUCCUCUGGUCAUCAUAAAAUCCUCCUCAUCUCUGAUGGGCACCUCCAAAAUGAUAACCUUGUCUUCCAGAUCCUAAAGAAAAAUAAAAAUCAUAUUAAAUUGUUCACCUGUGGUGUAGGGGCAAAAGCAAAUAAACAUAUGCUGAGGUGCUUGGCAAAAAAUGGUGCUGGAGCAUUUGAAUAUUUUGCAGACAAAUCGAAGAGCAGCUGGAGAAGCCAGAUGGACAAACACGAUUCAAGGCUGAAAUCUGCUGCAUGUACAGCUGUCUCCAUUAAGUGGAGUCUGUUUGGUAGAAAUCCUGCUGAACCCAUGCAAGCACCCACCAACAUUCAGACUCUAUUUGACGAUGACAGAAUUAUUGUUUAUGGAUUUGUCCCUCAUUGCACUAAGGCCACACUGAAGGCUUUAAUCAACAAUAAAGAAUUUAAGAACAUGGUUUCAACCACUGAACUUCAGAAGACCACUGGAACAAUACUUCACAAGCUCACAGCUCGGGCUUUCAUCCAAGACUAUGAAGAAGGGAUUUUGAAUGAGAAAGAACAUGAAAAUGAGAUGGAAAAACAGAAGAUGAAAUCCUUCAUCAUCAAGCUAAGCAAAGAGCAUUCAAUUGUGACUCAGUUUACAAGCUUCAUUGCUGUAGAAAAACGGGUGAGUCAGGAGAAAAGUGAGAAUGUUGAACCAAACAGUCUUGAAAUCAUAUCCGCUGAAGAUGUCGAUAUAUUGUCAUACAUGGAGUACGCAGAUGAAGAGAACAGGGAGAUCGGUGAAUUGACGGACGCCGGUCUCCUCCCCAGCUUUCCGCCAACACCCGUAGGAGGAGCACCGGAGCCCGGGAAAUACGACGUGGGUGGCGGUCAGUUUUUCGGAACGUGGAAGCGAUCUGGCCGCAGCUGA